AUGUCGCCAACUUUAAUUUCUGCUCUUCUUUUAAUUGCUUCUGUUGCUCAAUCAACUUCUUCCGCAAGUUGUCCAGCUGGAACCAAAAUUUACAAUUCAAAAUGCUAUGCUGCGUUGGGAAUGGAUAUGACAAGAGAUAAUGCUCUCGCGUACUGUCAGAAAACAUACGGACCAUAUACCCGACUCACAACACCUUUGUCCUAUGCUGAAAAUAAUUUUGUCACUGAGCAAGUACAAUUGCAUGCUAACUGGCACACCUGGCUGGAAUUUGUCGCUGAUGGUACCUACAUUGUUGGGGACGAUGGAAAGCCACCAAUCUAUACAAACUUCGCUGUUGGAGAGCCAUUCAGUGUCGCUCUGGGUUACUGUAUCACGAUUGGAAUGAAUGGAUACUGGUAUGCCCAGCCAUGCACCGAUUCCCACAGUGCUCUUUGUGAGUUCGACUUGUACCCACAAACUCCGAAGCCAACUACGCCUACUCCAAAACCAAGUGGAUAUCCAAGUUGUGUGCAAAAGUAUUUGAACUUUGUUCCAUGUCAAGCAGGAUGGGAGUACUACCCACCAACUUGCUCCUGCUUCAGAAUUAUCAGUAACACCACCUACUACAACGCAAUGAAUACCUGCAGAAGCAUGGGUGGAACUUUGGCUUUCGUUCACAACUCUGGAGAGGCUGCAUUCAUUAACCGUCUUGGAGUACAAGCUAACAAUUACUGGAUUUCCACCGCAUCCGCCAGAGAUAACAUCAUUGUUGGACUUACCUACAAUUCAGACCGUGGCUAUUUCCAAUGGGACGACUCGACCACAUUCGACUAUUAUCAAGGGUUUGCUCCAGGAGAGCCAGCUGAUUACAAUAGUCAGGGACAGAUCAUUCUGAGCAACCCUAUGGGAUACACCACGUAUAUGAGAAUGGGUAACUGUGCCUCUCAAACCUGCCGCUACGCUGCAUGCAAACGAUAUGUUUACUGA